GCUUUCAACAUCCGGCCUCCAUCUUUUAACAAUCUAGCAAUCUACUCUCCAUCAGCUUUUACUAGCUUUUGAUUUAUGAAAAGACCUACAUACCCUUCACAAUUCUGCUGAAUUUACCCACCACUGCCCCUGUACCCCUCUCCCACACACCAGGCCCUCUCCCACCGCCGCCGCUCAACAUCGCCUUGCCUCCCCGAAGUGAAUCCGGCGGAGCGCCUGCUGCUGCGUCGCACGAGCUCAUGCUGCCGCCGCACGAGCUUCCCACGAGCGCCUGCCGCUGCCGCGUCACCCGUUGUCGCCGGUCGUCUCAACUUGUCGCCAUCCGAAUCGCCGUUGGUGCCCACCAUUUCAAGCAGCGCACCAUCGUCUUCCUCAAUUCCUGUGAGCUCCGUCCGCCCCUCUCCGUCGACGAACCACUGUUGUAGCUCCUCUCUCCUGUCCACGAGCAUGGUGAGCGCCGCACAACCUCGCUGCACCAUCUGCGCGUGUCAAUUUGUCAACGGCCCGAUGUCGACGCGCCUAUCCGUGGGCGUCGGGCUCCGUCGUGCCACCUCGCUUGAUGCCGUCCAACUUCCGGCUGGGCUCGCCAGUCAGGACCUCUUCCGGCCAUCGAUUCUAGGAGCUCUGCAGGGUCGCCGCAGAGGCGUACAUCCGACGCUGACGGAGGAGACGCGGCACCUGGUGAACCGGGAGGUGCUGGGGGCGCUAGGCAGGGACGGCGUGCUCAUCAACGUCGGGCGGGGUGGGCUUGUCGACGAGCCGGAGCUGGUGCGCUGCCUACGGGAGGGCGUCAUUGGCGGUACCGGGCUAGACGUGUACGAGAACGAGCCGAAUGUGCCAUCUCACGCCAUGCUCAUGCAUGUGUACGAGAACCACAGAGCCGUGCUCACGCCGGAAUCCAAAAAUUGGAUGUGGGAGAAUAUUUGUGUGCAUAAAAAUUCAAGUUUAUAG